GUCUUCGUCCCACGUUGCGAGAGAGUGUGUGCGAGAGCCACCGACCGGGUCGGUGCCGAAUGCGUACGCGGGUGCCCGAAACCCAACCAGUUUUCAGUCACUCGCUAUCCAACCACUCGAGCGGUUCAUCGCUUGCCGUAGCGUACAGUUCUUUCCCCAGUUCGAAGAGUCGGUUGCCACACCGAUCAUCGCGCCUUCAUCAACAUCACAAGAUCGGUUGGUUGCGAGACCGCUUGCAAAACUGUCCAUUCGUGUGUGUGUGUGUGUGUGUCGGUCGGUGUGUUUUUUUUUUGUCAUCCCUCAAACUGUGUGUUGUCAUUUUUGCUUGCAUUUCUACCGCCCCACAAACAACCCUGCCAUCUUGACCUGGAGAGAUUCAUACCGACCCGCGAUCGCGUAGCGUGUGUGCGUGCGUGAUCAAGUGCUCGGUUUCGGCGUUCAUUUGUAUUUAUUUGGGUAACGGCGCCGUGUGCAAUAAAGAAAAUCGUUUCACCCCGCCUGCUUGAUCGUAGGGGUUGAUCGUGAAGACGAACCGCGAAGACCCAAAACCGCGUCUUUCUGUAUGUGUGUGUGCUUUUGUGUGUGUGUAGGGGGGUGAGCUAGUGUAUUGCGGCUCGAAAUCGAAAUUCCGCAGUGAGAAAGUUUUGUUAUUUUUUCUUCACGGUCUCUCUCUCGCUCUUUUUCUCCCUUGGAGCCGCCGAGAGGGUCUUCACGCGGCACCUCCUUAUCGGACCACCGGAUUGCGCAUCGAAGCAAUUGCACACACCAGCCAAACGAGGUGAUUGAUUUGAGCGAAAGAAAUUCACCCCUAAAUUUUGGAGCACUGUGUGUGAGUGUGUGAGAGAGAAAGAGGGGGUGAAACAGUAUUUUUUACAAGAGGGGAAGUAAAUUCGGUGCAGUGCUUUAGACGUGCGUGUGUGUGUGAUUGCCCCUGAUUCCUGAUUAUCACUGUGAAGUGUUCCUUUUUUUCCUUUCAUCCACCAACAAAAAAAAAGAAGGCAGCCGCUGCGUGAAUUUUGGAAAAUGGUGUGUGCAAUUGUGUUGAAUUGGUGUUAGAGUGUUUGGCGAUCGUACAUUUUCUUAUCGACAACGCACACACAACAACGUUUCUCCAGCGUUCGUCCCCGGGGUGUCAACGCGGCACGGCAAAAAGGAAGAUCGUGAUACGCCGCAGCGAGAUGAUGAAACGAGCGCUAAUUGGAUUGCGUGCGAGACGGAGGCCACGACCGUUGGCGGCUGGGCCAGGACAGUUGCUGCUGCUGCUGUUCCUGCUGGCAUUUGAUGCCGUCUCAUUCACAAAUGCGUUCAUCGUGCCGGAGGAGCUGCCAUCGAUACUUUCCCUGGUCUAUUCCAACAUUCCACCGAUCAAGAAAGGAACUGACUCUCGGAUAGGCUUUGGCUUCCGUCUCGGUGAGCAUGCCGACUUUCAGGUGCAGCUGGAACUGGGACCGCAGCUUAAUACGCGACCAAUUGGAGCAGCAGCAGGCAGCAGCAAACGUUACGUGGACAAUGACGAGUAUGCUAACUCGGUUCGGAACCCAUCCCGUCCCGGUGGUUCCACCUCCUGGCUGCAGGCCUGGUCCAAGCAGACGAAGCAGCGCCAGCAGUUCAACAAGGACAAGCUGCGGGACUCGCUGAUGCCACCGGCACCGAUCAUGAACGAGGGCGCCUACAACCAGCUGCAGCAGCUGUACGAGAUGAACAAGCAGCGCGAGUACGAGGACACGAUCGGUACACUUCCGGCGGAAGUGCUCGAGUCACGGAUCAGUCAGCUAAAGGCACUACACCAACCGACCGUUUCGUCGUUCAAACCGAUGCCCAACGAAGCCCGAUCAGGACAAACGAGCAGUGGUGCCGGGGAAGCGUCAAAGGAGGAAACCAACCCGCAAGACGAGCAACCGGGAGUGAUAGUUGUUACACCGGACGUUCCUGCCAGCACAAGCACAACCGUCCAGCCAACGGAAUCAGCUACCCCGGUGCCGACAAGUGAACGGGCACGCGGAACGGUCGAUAGUGGCCGAAGGAAUGUAAGACGACGUACCAAUCGACCGGUCAGCAAGUGGGACAAGGAACGCAUUACGGCCCAGCUGUCGGACGUGUCGUUGGACUAAUUGGAGCCCAGUGGCUCACAGUGGAUCGUGUAUUAUAUUUGUUAAAAAAAGCCUUCGAAAACAGAGGUUCAGUUGUGGACAACACACGGUGGUUUGUAAAUAGUUUUCUCGCGGUUUUAGGAUGUGAUAUUGAUACUAUUUAUUUACCUUCCUUUACGGAUGCGGCUCGGAGGUGCGUCUGUGUAUUGUUAAAAUUUCCUAAACGUUAACGGUGUUCGAAUUGGCUGGAUUGUUGCGGCAGUUGCGGCGUACCAGAGUGGGAUGUACUUAUUUUAGGUUGCAAAGAAGAACAAAAUACGGAAACGUUGCAAGAAAGGGUCAGCUAGGAAUGGAAAACACAACGAGGGGAAGGGUUUAUUUAUUAGAUGUGCAAGGCAUAGAGCGAAACUACAACAAGGCAAAUAAUAGCAAUAAAGCAAAGACGGGACUAAAAAGUAAUGAAAAUGCAGCUUUUUGUAGGAUAAGUCGUUUUAGGGGGGAAACAAAGACAGUUACUAAGAGUUUUCAUUUAAUAGUUUUAUUAUUUGUCUAGUACAUAUUUGGGCUGUCGGGCUGUGUUUUUGCCUUUCUACUUUUACACCCCAGCAUCCUCUUCAUCCAGCACACAGUGCGUUUCGUUUCACGCUUGCACUUCCCCGUCACGCGUGUUCACUGCACUCGGGGCGGGCAUUGGCUCUACUCUCUAGUUGUAGAACUACAAUAUAGUAACAAAUUCACGCAAUCAACCUCUACCCCAAAACGUGUGAUGCUCUUUCACCUUUCCGUCACGUUUUGCACUGUGCCACUGUUGCCAGCUUGCUGCUCCGCCAUUAAUGUGUGCUGCUUCGCUACAGGUUGUUCUACAUUCGUUUGUUUGUAAACCUUUCUAUGCUUUCUGUUACGGUAAAACUUAACGAAAAAUGUGCUUUCACUUGUCCAUAACCAUUCCCGAGUACUGCUUUCACUCACGUUUCAUUUAGAAUUAGGUUUGUUUUGUUUUACGUUCCUUCAUUACUUGCUUUUCUUUUCUUCAAUUGGUGUGCCAUUACAUUAACAAUUCGAUUCCAUUCAUUUGCUACUGCAUGAAGAUCAAUCCAUUCCGCACAAGAUCAAUCGUGUUUUUUUUACUAAUUUACAAUUUGCCGGUUUUUUACCAUCCUGCACCAAACCUUCGGUUUAAAAGCACAGUUUUCUUGUUCACCUUUCCCUUAAGCUGAUCGUGUUAUCCAUACAAAAAAAGCCACUCAAUCCUCGUUUUGCUAUUCUGUACAAUAUUCUCCCUCUUCUUACACACACAUAAACACACGUACGCUCCUGUUCUCAUUUACCCUUCACACUCCAACAUCCAGCAGCGGGUUUAGUUUUGCCAUCUAUCUACAAUUUUGCUACACAAAACAAGCGUAAACCCCGCACGGGGGCAGGGUUUCUCAGCUUCAUUCCUCUUCGAUUAAACGAUCGUGUCUUACUUUACACACACAUUUUCAUUUACAGCGAGAAGCAGAAAGUUCUUGCUGUACACGAAUCAUUUUCCUUUUUUGCCAUUUCCAACUAUUCCUUUGCUGUUUUUUCCAUUUUCUAUAGGCUUUUCCAUUCCAAAAAAACAGAGCAUAGUUUAUUUCUACAACACUACAUCCUACAUGAUCAUACCGUUUGUUUGUUUUGGUUUUCCAUAUUCCCCUGUCGCAUUCAUUCUCGCAAAACCCCAUUUACAGCCAGCUCUACUUUAUUGGGCUGCAUACCCAUGUGUGUGUUUUGUGGAAUGUCUUUUAUGAGUUCUCUUCUCUGCCCACUCGCUUAAUAGAAGGGUGUUUUGAUCCUUUCUUAGAAUCGAGGCUCUAAAAACGUAUCUAGGACGUACCCGAGGGUGGCGUUUGGUUUCGUGUUUUGAAAUAACUUAUUCACGCAUUCAUUUAAACAUUUCUGUCUGGGGAGACACACACACAGCUUAGUCCGUGCGUCCCUCAGUACGAAAGAUGAUAAUUUAUUACCCGAAGGAAAACAAUCGUAACAAACGUAACUUGAGGACAAAAGCAAUAGCAUGAAACAAAAUAUACAUUAUUAAAACCUUGCAAUAUUGUGUUUGUUGGUCACGUACACCGAUAGCGACUCCACUGUGUACGUCUUUCGAGACAACACUAAUAAAGACGGAGAAAAAACUAAACGAAAGACUAAAGAAAAACCGGGAAAGAAACCCUGCAUCUGAGGCUCGUCGAUCGCUCUAGCUCAGCAGUAUCAUAACCGGGGAAGGGUAGUUUUUUUUUCUUGAUUCUAUCGAUUGUAUGACAAAGUGAACAAUUGUUUACAGCAUAAUAACAUCAGUAACAUCAUUUAACACGUUGAGAAAUACCUGUAGUUGUGAGUACACAAUAAAAUACUUUACACAGAAAGUAUCCUUGCCAGGGAUAGUUUAAACCUUCUUUGCUGUAUAGCUUGCUCUCAUGCAUCCCAUAGCAACCCACCGGAAGUGAUCGCGUACGUCUGCUCAGUUCAAGUUACGUUCUUUUUUUGUUGUUGCCCGGUUUUCCCCCCACUGCACUAAAAAUGCACUUAGCCGUACGCAUCACUUCCUUUCCUAACUUCAAAUUGACUUAUCAACAACGCCUCACAAAGGGAGACGCAGUUUUUGUUUUCUUCUGGGCUCUAUGUAAUCUUCCAUCUAACUUCCGUUCCGCUCCGUAGUAGUUGUGCUUUUGUUUUGGAUAGCUGAAUAACUUCUCUGUGUAUAAUGGUAUGGCGUUGAACUUAUGUAGAGGGCGCUCGCAC